GGAGGUGGGGGGCCAAAGAACCUGUGUUCAGUGGUAAUUGUUUCAUAAAUGACUGUGCAGCAUUCAGCGGGUUUUUGGAAGAGGGAGGGUCUGCUAUCACAACGCUACCUGUCCUUCGAGUCAUUUUAUUAAAUAGAGAAAUUUUGUUAGGGAGCUAAACAAAGAAAAUAUUUUCUAACAGAUGUAUUGCAAAUCUUUCUUGUUCUCAGGGUCCUCGUUUUUGUGUGUUUCUUUUGAUUUGAGCGUGUUUAUGGAUGCUGCGUGCAGCCAUUGAGCAGAGGAGAGACUGGGUGGAGUAAGGAGGCAGAGCUGUGAAAUGGCUAGAUCACCCUUUCAUGGCUUUUUUUUUUCCCAUUUCCUUGCGUUUUGCUGGGGUGGAGGAAUACUAAUUGAUGUAACAAUGAGGUCUCUUCUUUAGGAAAGAAUCUAACGAUGCAGCAGCACAAACCUCACAUUCUGUUUUGAGGCUGAUUUUUUCUGCAGGGUGGAUCUUGAUGUAUGUGACAGUGAGAAGUGACCAGUCACCAUUGCAAAGCCAGUUGUUUUGUCUGUUACCUGUUUCAAUAUAUCAACUUAGAUAUUCACUUGUUGAAUUUAUUUUAUUUCACUUUAGAUAAGAAUUAUAAGUUUGGCAUGGGUAUUUUACACACAAGAUUCUGGGAGUUAUGGAGAACCCCUGUAUUGCUGCUUAGUGUUAUUAUUUGUUCAUUUAACUUGGUUGGGUUUUGGGUAGACACAAAAAUGAAGCAUCCCUGCUUGCUUUGGUGCCUGUAGUAGGGCAGGAAACUCCCAUUAGCGUACAGAUUUAAUUAUGCUGCCCUUCCCUUUGUCAUGUCCCAAGUUCAUACAAAAUAACAACUCAAGAUUUUGGAAGCCCUUUUCAGUGAGGUGGCUCUGUAAGAGCCUCACUGUGUGCAUACUUCUGCAUCAGGAGGGCAGUACUAAUACUGAGACUUAAAGUUAUGUAGGAAAGGCAUUAGAACAAAGGAUUUGGGGAAUACAAAAGGGAUCAGAUGAAGCACCUAGAAAGGCCUGCUUUCUAAGUGCCCUGCUAUUCGAGAUGUAACUAAUGGUGUUCGCUCCUGAAUUCAGUGUUGUUCGGAGCAAAUCCAGCACUGAAAACAAACGAUUAGGGAGCAAGUUGAGUUGUUUUUUUUCUUGGUUCUCUCAGUUCUGGAGUCCAGUUUUCGAUGGUAGGUGGCUACAGAUGAGACUGCUCCUUGGUUUUAAUUUGCCCAAAAUUAAAUUAAAGGAUAGUGGCUUUUCAAAGUUCAUUUACUUAGAGGAGUAGAUGUUACAGGAGUUAAUGGAUGUAUUCUUUAAAUGCCUGUGUCUACAAAUGAAGCUAAGGUAAGAAUAAUGAAGAAUCCAAUAGAACUCUUACCUUCCUGUAACUUUGACUGAUUUUUGACCUUGAAAUGAUUGAAGUUAUUUUCUCAUAUGGCAGUAACAUGCUAAUUUCUCUUCUACAAAAGAAAAAGACAUUAAUGCAUACCUGUAUGACUCUAUGUGAGGUCUGUCUUGGAUGGCUGAGUCUGUUCCCUGGGCUGCUUCCUAUGCUCCACCCAACCUUGAGUGCUUGGGUUGUGUUCUUUACCUGCUGUCAACUUUUUUGCCUAUACAACUUGCCAGCAAUGGGGCUACUAUUGAAUUCUUCUGCUGACUGUCUUUCCCAGUAUCCAAACAGUCUUUGUUCAAGACCUCUGUAACCAGCUUCCACUGUGGCUAAUUGUAAUUUGUACCCUCUUGUAAAGUAUUAUGGGAAAACAGCUGGAGAACCCCUGCUUCUCUGUAUCUCUGAACUAUGCUGUAUGCGUAUGUUACAAAGUUUGCACACAGUCCUCUGAGGCUCAUCCUGGUGUUCACAAGCAAGGAAGGUUGAAACUACUGUAGCACAGAGAGAGAGCUCCUCUCAAACAGUUCUGUUUCAGUGGGGUCCCCCUGCUCGUGUGGCUCCCUGGGCAGCCUCCAAAAUGGAUGGCAGAGGCUGUGGGAGGGCUGUUAAAAUUUCUUCCAAGUGAACACUGGAAUAGUUGUUAGCCUGUAAAUAAAAGCUGCUUAUGCCUAAACACAUGAAACCAAGAUACAGUAGCAAUCAGUUGUUAUUAGUAACAAAUAACAAUUUUGGAUUUCACAUGGAGUAGGCUUUUCUGUUUCCCAGCCUAGUAUGUAACUUGUGAUGGCAAUUGAAGGUCUUUCCAUGUGUCGGAGCCAUGUGUGUUAGUCAAGAUGCUCCUGGAUUUCUUCUGUCAUGUUUAUUGUAGAGACACGGUGAGUUCUGUCCUGUCUAAAAAGGCAGAUUUAUUAACAAGUCUCUAAUUCUCCUGUUUCUCAUUAAAAAAAAAAAAAAAGAAAGAAAAUUGUAACUAUCACAGGAGAGCUUACCUGGUGGCUUUUGGGUGUUAUGAGCAAAGAUGUUGAUUAAUGACUGAUGCUACGUUUGAGCUGUGCUUGGCAGAGUAGGCUAUGCCUCAGUUCAUGCUUCUAAAAAAUAGGCAUUUUCACCUAAUAAGUAAUUUGGACUAGUUGACUAGUAGGAACUUGACGAGUUUUAAGUGCAUCAAGUUAUUUCUCCUAAAUUCUUACAGCAGUUGCUGUGUGAGCUAGAAUGUGUCCCUGAAAGGUUUGUGCUGUUACUGAAAAUGCUGUGGCCUAACUGGAACUGUGGCUGUGUUAUGUCAGCUUUACGGUGGUGCCCACAGCUUAAGCUGUGCGUCUGUUUUAUGUGUGUUACAACUAUCUUAGAACAGUGUUCUCCUUCGUUCCUGCAAUGUGUAGUGACCCAUUGAUCAGUACUGUGCACCAGCAGCAUUUGAAAGAAGUAGAAUUUUUUUGGCCUUCUGCUACAGGCAGUUUGUAUCAUUUCACCUGUGUAUCCGAGCAAGGCUUCUUAGCCUGCUGGUCGUUUUCAGUGUGAAAUGAAUAACUUAGAUCUAGUUUUAUUCUGGUACUUGCUAGAUACUGCAAGCUUACCUCCUACAGGUGUGAACAUCUAGUUUAGCUGUUUAAAAGAAGGGCUUUCUCUUAACGCUCGUUGGGGCAGGCCUCUGAGCCUGUACGGUUUCACCUCGUGCUCUUUGGGGAAUUAAAUAGAUGUGACUUAGUGUUGCUUCUAGCUGUUUUCCCUGAGGGUGGACUGUGGUAUCACCUCAUGCUGCCAUGGACUGUGACAGAAAUUCCAAGGAAAUGUUUCUCUACAAAGUGUGUUUGUAUCGAGCUCUUGUCCUUUGCAUCAGAGCGGUGAGGAUACAGCCCUCUUCAAAGUGAAGUGUGUGGGCAGUGUGGUCAUACUAAGCAGUAGCAAGUACACUUCGGCAUGCAUAGUUACAUAUAUAUGUAUAUAAUGUUAUGGUUUCAAGGUGCUUGUUAGUUAAUAGAUUGAGAAGGAAUUUAGCCACUUCUUCCUUAUUAGUUGUUCUUCUUAGAAAGCCCAGUAGUUUGAUUUGACUGCUUAUGGACUUCUAGGUUAGAACUGUGUUAAAAUAGAUAUGAUUAAUACAUCUUUGGGGUUGUGAUUCAAAUGGUUUUGGAAGAGCCACCUGGUAUUUGUAACCAGUAACUAGCUGCUGCAAUCUUGAGAAGAUACUUCCAGUUACAGGACAGCCAUUGUGCUUGUGGUUUGUAGGUGGUGCUGCAGCAGUCUGUCCUGUAAUUUUCUCAGAUCUGUUGUUAAGUAGGUCCCUGUUCAGUGAGUAUGUAGGUAGGCUUUUCUGAAGCACCUCUUCUCCAGUGCUUGGUGAGUCAGCUGGCAUGCCUGCUUCAAGGCAGGGCUAAAGGUAACAGGUUUUAUGGUGUGAUGCUGUACUGGUUCACAUCUGAGAUAGCAGCGGCCUUUGUGACUGAGGUAUCUUAUGCCUUCUCUCUUGUAUCAGUUUUAAUUGUUCUGUACAAAUCUAAGUUCUCUUGGCUUAAUUAGACAAAUCUAGCCCCCCCACCCCCUGGAUGUUUCUGCUUUCAUUGGUUGCCUCGUUUUUCUGCAUGGAGGUAGCUUAAUGCUAAAACAGAGGUGUUAAGUGUAUUCCUCUUUAGUCUAGAGGAAAAUUAGUAGGAAAUAUCUAUGCUGUUCACAUGUAGAUAAAUGAAUGUUUCUUCCUUAUAGAAAGUAUUGGCAGUUGGUCUUAUUCCUAAUCCACCUGUGGGCUUUUCAGGGUGCUGAAGAAAAGAUCUGAUACACAAUUUGGUUUAUUUAAAUGCUAGCCUCUUUGCAUUGUAUUAAGAGGAUGAUGUCAUUAACAUGAGUGAAUGUGUUUUGAAGCAGAUGGUGUCUUCCAUGUAAUAGAUAAGAUGUACGUAUGACAGGGAUGUUUGAAUCUUGUUUCUCUUGUCCAGCACAGUUGAAGGAUGAGCAUUCUCAUGAUUUGCAGAGUGUUUGGAUUUUUUUUGUCAUUUUGUGGCUUGCUGUUUUUGAAGCUUUAACGUGAGUGUGCCUUCAGGUUUCCUUUCAGUUGUUCUUCAUCUUGUGAAUUGAUUAAACUUAUAUGAUGUUUGUUAGCAUCCCAAUUUACAGCAUCAGAGUCAGGUUAGUAGUGGGCUAAUGAAUGUGGGUAUGGUUCUGGGAACCAUCCGACUGCUACUUCAUUCUGUAACUCAGGGAAGUGGGAGGGAGAGAACUGAAAGGAGCAGAAUUCACAUCCAGCACACGACUGCUGGCCAGCUUUGAAAAUGGUUCAAAGCGCGUAGAGCCUUCUCAGCAGCUAAGACAAAAUAGCUUAAGUAGAGCAUUCUGGUACUGUUAGCCCAAAGUGCGUCUGUAUCACUUGACCAAACAAAAAUCAUUUCGAAAAAUACUUCUAGCUGGAGUCAUCCAGAUAAGCCAUGAUAGGAGCUGCGAGGUUCUCCGAACAAGUUUGGGAUAGCAGCUUGAAAUGCCCAUUGGAAUACUUUGUGUCCUCGUGCCCCCCACACAGCAGUGUCUCCGACCUGCCAGGUUUGCAGUGGAAGGACAAUAUGAGUUUAAAGCUCACUUUGUGAAAUAAUUCCUUGCAAUUACAUGCUGAAAUAUGCCGGCGUAGGGUGAAAAGUAGGGAAAAGAUGAACGCAGCUCAUAACUGAACUGCUUUUUUGUAUUCCCGUGCUCAUCUUUGCUGGCUUCUAAUGUUUCCUACAGUAAGGUGUGUUUGUCGCACUGAAAAAGCAGCUCUAUGGCUGUUGUAAUAGAACUAUGUGUGUGCUGUUCUGCUCUAACUGGUGGAAUGAGAGUCACGAGGGGAAAAAGGAAACUGGAUGCUUGUUAUGUUAUGUUUUGUUUUCCUUUCCUAUCAAGAGAUGGAGACAGACUUCUAAGAAACUUUUUUAGGUCAUAAUCAUGCCGAAGUAGUAUGGAUAUUACCUCACUUCUAGUUAUAUCAGCUUUAAAUGGCAGCUUCUGUGGAAUCUGUUUCUAGAGUUUAUCAUGGGAGGUGUUCUGUGGUUGGGGUUCAUAAAGCAGCUUUUUGGUUUUAGAAAAAAAAAUCAGUCAGAAUUAAUCUAGAUUAAAAGUGUGCUUCAUGGAGUCCAGCAAUGUAAUCCAGUGGUGUCCAACUACUGUUAAUCUCGUUCUACUAGAAGGGAUUGUAACUAAUGGCUGGCAAAUGCAAAAAAACACUUAACACCUCUUGUUAAUAUGUUUUGAAACAAGAUACUGUUGAAAAACUUUAUGGGGAUCUGAUGUGGCACCUGUAACAAGUGACAUUGCAAGGAGAGGGGCAGCUGUAUUCAUGCACAGAGGGGUGGUCUCGGCUUGCAAGAAUAAUCAAAUUUCUAUCUGAUGAUAUUAAGUAAAUUAGUCUUUUGGUGGUUCUGAUCUCCACUACUCCUCCGUAAGUGAUUUGCCUUUCACUGGGAUUGAAGGAUUACCCAAAGAGAGAAAGCAAACCACAGAAAGCAGGAGUUCAGAUAUGGUAAGAAACUGAGGAGAAAAGGAGGAGUGUUUCCUCCCAGAUAGAGUAGAAUGCCUUCUGAGGACAGCAGGGACUGCAUGAGAGCUGGGCACUGGGCUUCAGGGCUGCUCGAAGUUUUACAGUGUGUUAGAGCUUCUCCUUCAUGUUGAAGUUUUAAUGUGCAAUCAUUUAAACAGGAAUAAUCCAAAACUCUGUAAUUGAUUUCAUAUUGUGACCAUGAUCCCAUGUGGUUGUUCACGGUGACUUGUGUGCCCUUCCUGCCCAGCAGUGCUUACCAUGUGGCACGCUUACCCUGACAGUGAGAGCAUGACUGCAGGUCUGUGACCCUCGAGAAAAUCUUUGUAUAGGUUACUUAGAUAUUGAGAUAGAUAAAAAUCUUUGAGUUUGUUAGGAUAUUAGGGUUCUGCAGACUGCAGGGAAAACAAAAUCCUGUUUCUGAGGCCCAGCAGUGCCCAGUGCUGCUGCUAUGAGUUAGAGAAGCGUUGGCCUGUUUUGUAUCUGAUAGUACAUUCUCUCUGUGAUUUAUGUCAUCUAGCUCUUUUAAUUUCAGAUUUAAUGAGCUACGCUUACGUGUUUGGUAUAUAUAGCUUGUGUUUUUGUGGGGAAGUCUGUUCACAGAGCCUAAGCAAUGGUCAUUAAAACCACAGAAAUGUGACUUUAUUUUGAAGUUUCCAGGGGAGCUACGGACACGGAAUGCUGGUUUGGGAUGAACUUGGGUUAGCUUUCCUGCUGCCUGUCUGCCACCAGUUAAGGUCUGUGUAGGACCUCACAAAGCUCGGCGCUGUGCGGUAGCUAUGCUGCCCAUUGGGAUGGCUGGGCUCGACCCCCAGUGCCUGCCCUUGGGUUGGGUCUUGCUCAUACCUCAGAGGCUCCACUGAGCAUAGCACAGCAAGUGCACACCCAGAAUAAAAGAUGAGUAGGAGAGCAGUUAUUUGCUAUUUGUGUAUUUUUUUUUAUUUAUACUGCUAUAUAUGUUGUUUCUAAGUUAAACAUUUGCUUUUUCUCAUUGCUAACCUGUAGCGUAGGUGGAUCGUAUCUCAAUCUGGAGUAACUUCUACUAUAAAUUGUUCUGAAGAGCAGAACUGGGUACUGUUUGUCAGUUGAGGCAUUGCACUGCUUUGUCGUGGUUACUGGAAGGAAAGGAAAGGCAGUGGAGAGCUUUGAACUGACCUUGCUGAUGCAAUAACAGAGGAAGAUAAGGUUGGUUGUAGUUUCACAUUUUGAUAUCUGUACAUAAAUGUGUCUUGCAAUGCAUUUAUGAAUUGCAUGGAUUGGAAGGGCUUCCUGAGCCCUCCCCCUGCGUACAGCAGCAGAGGAGCUCCUGUCCACGACUUCCUUGACCUCUGUGUUUGCAACUCCAGUGUUGCCAUAGUACAGUGCGUGCAUUACUCUGGGAGAGUGAAUGGUGCCCUGAGACACUGAGAGAACCUUCAGAUAAAAGAUGCAGCACUGAGUUAUUAGGAUUGCUAAGCAAAGAUAUAACAACAAUAAAACAAAUUAUUUAGGUGAAAUGGGGAAAAUAACACAGCUUAGGAAGUAAUUAAUCUAUGCAGUAUUUAAUUGCAGGUCCAGAAACACUCUAUCAGUAAUUGAAUGUAAGAGAACAGACUAGUUUUCAUUUUAAAAAGUCUUCAAGCAUGCUUCAACAAUUCUGUUCAGUCUCUGUGGCUUUGUAAAGUAUAUGAUCAUACCACAAGCCAUGAUUUGUUAUUUAAUGACGGGAUUUAUCACAAAGUGAGGGGUUUGUGACAGUCCUGUGCCUGAAAGUGAUUUUGUUUUUUCCUUGAUGCUUUUUUUUAUAUGCAGACUAUCAAUAUGGAAUCAAAAGGUUCUUAAGUUAAGAAGUAAAACUUUUUUGUGGUAUUGGUGGGGUUAUUAAUAGGAGGUGCAUCCUGUUUUGCAUUUAAUUAGUAGUUAUUACUCCAAGGAUGGCUCUAUUAGGCUCAGGCUUCUUUUCCCUGUACUUAAUAAUGCAGAACAAAUUAAAAAGGAAUCCUUUCUUUUGAGAAAGAUCGGGCUCUGUCUUGACACCACCUUAUUCACAGCAAAUUAUUGAUAGUGCAGAUCAGUGCUGUCAGGCAAGAUGCAAGGAUCAGGCUUUUCCCAAGAUUUCUGUUGAACGUUUGUUUCUCAUUACCAGGGCUGUUGGCAGGCAUGUGUGUAAUGCAGCAGUGACUACAAACCUCGAUAGGUGGAGGAGGACUGGUUAGUCUUGCUCCACCGAGUUGUGUAUGUCACAGAGCCCUUGCUGGCCAAGGGAAGAGGCAGUGCACGUGGGCAACAUUUGUCCAUUCUCUGCUGUUUCUAAAACAGGUGCAUUUCCAUCAAGGUGGUAACUUCUGAACAAAUAAGUAUGACCUCUUUCCUUGUAUGGUGUACUUCUGGUACUUGUAGAUGUCUGCACCAUCAUCUAUUUUUGUAUGACGUCUGCAUUGUUGCGCUGCUACAGGGCCAUGUCAUGCUGGGGGCUCAGCUGAGGCAAGUAAGAAGUGUGUCCCCGCAAAAGUUGCUUGAUGUGCUGCUUGCCUUCCAAUGGAAAAGUCAGGAUUCAUUGCUUUCUGAAUAGUCAUUGUGUUCAACAGACUUUCUGCAGUUUGUUUUUUCUCUAGACUCUCAAAUUUACAGAGAAAUGCUGUGAUUGAGCAGUAACUUGGUGUGAACAAAGUGAAUUGAUGGUGCAUUCAAGACAUUGUCUGGAUUCUGAGAUUGAGCAGAUGAAGCAGCCAUCACUUGGAAGCUGUAGGGGGGUGAACCCAGAGGUGGAGGCCAGGAGCCCUUCAGGUGUUUGCCCCAGCUGGUAAUAAAACUCACCUGGAGGCAAACAAACUGUGAUUUUACCUCUGCCUGUUACUUUGGCAGGCUUGUGACUAGGCUGUGUUACUGCUUUUCACAACAUGCUGGAGUUUGGAACUUACUUUCCAUAAAAGGAUUUUGCAUGUAUUAAUAUUCAAUUGCAUUGACUGCCAGAUGAUUUCCCUUUCAGUUUCAGGGUGUUCCAGUACUGCCCAAAGGACAAGCCCUUCACAAUGCAGCUGCUAUGAAGAGUUAAAGCGCUGUCGCUGCAGUUCAGCUUCCAAAGAAAGCCAGGUGUCAGCUUGGUUUCCCAUGGCUGCGAAGAAGAUGCACCUGUGAAGAGCAGCUGUCUCUUACCUGUCAGGAGAUGGAUUGAAUCUUCUGUGUUGAAUGCCUCCAGGUUUUUCUGUUGGAUUUCCCAUCUGGAGAAACAUCUGUGCUUUGAGCCACUGUGGCAAACUGAAUUGUGGAUCCUAAGGCUUCAGAUCUUGGGGAGACGUUAACCUGACACACAUUAACCUGACAUCACAACCACAAUGGUGCUCUCACAAAGGCAACGAGAUGAACUAAAUCGAGCAAUAGCAGAUUACCUUCGCUCUAAUGGCUAUGAAGAGGCAUAUUCAGUUUUUAAAAAGGAAGCUGAGUUAGAUGUGAAUGAAGAGUUAGAUAAGAAGUAUGCAGGACUUCUGGAGAAAAAAUGGACAUCGGUUAUAAGAUUACAAAAGAAGGUAAUGGAAUUAGAAUCGAAGCUGAAUGAAGCUAAGGAAGAAUUUACAUCAGGUGGACCUCUUGGUCAGAAACGAGACCCUAAGGAGUGGAUUCCUCGUCCUCCAGAGAAGUAUGCUUUGAGUGGACAUAGGAGUCCUGUCACUCGAGUAAUUUUCCAUCCAGUUUUCAGUGUAAUGGUUUCUGCUUCAGAGGAUGCCACAAUAAAGGUGUGGGAUUAUGAGACAGGAGACUUUGAACGAACCCUUAAGGGGCAUACAGACUCUGUGCAAGAUAUUUCCUUUGACCACACUGGCAAACUGUUGGCCUCCUGUUCUGCUGAUAUGACCAUUAAGCUAUGGGAUUUCCAGGGCUUUGAGUGCAUCAGAACUAUGCAUGGUCAUGAUCACAAUGUUUCUUCGGUAGCCAUCAUGCCCAAUGGAGAUCAUAUAGUUUCUGCCUCGAGGGAUAAAACUAUCAAAAUGUGGGAAGUCCAAACAGGUUACUGUGUGAAGACUUUCACGGGUCACAGAGAAUGGGUGCGCAUGGUGCGGCCUAACCAGGAUGGCACCUUAAUUGCCAGUUGUUCUAAUGACCAGACAGUGCGUGUUUGGGUGGUAGCAACAAAGGAAUGCAAAGCUGAGCUCCGAGAACAUGAGCAUGUGGUAGAAUGCAUUUCCUGGGCUCCUGAGAGCUCAUACUCCACCAUAUCAGAAGCUACAGGAUCAGAGACUAAGAAGAGUGGUAAGCCUGGGCCUUUUCUGCUGUCUGGAUCCAGAGACAAAACCAUUAAGAUGUGGGACAUCAGCACUGGCAUGUGCCUUAUGACACUUGUGGGCCAUGAUAACUGGGUACGUGGCGUUCUGUUCCAUUCUGGGGGAAAGUUUAUUUUGAGCUGUGCUGAUGACAAGACUCUACGUGUCUGGGACUUCAAGAACAAACGAUGCAUGAAAACCCUCAAUGCGCACGAACACUUUGUUACCUCUUUGGAUUUCCACAAGACGGCACCAUAUGUGGUUACUGGAAGUGUAGAUCAAACAGUAAAAGUGUGGGAGUGCCGUUGAUUGAUUUCACAUUUGACCCCCUUUCUCCUCUGGAUGCACUCAGAUACCAUGGUUACCCAUUGAGCUCUGUUUAAAUAAAUAUUGUCCUUUCAUGUAAAUUAUUCUGGAUGUAGAUUGAGCUUAUUAAAUGUUACACACAAAGUAUUCAUGCAUGGUGAAUCCAAAUUGUAUACUGUAAAUUUACAUACGUUGUCUAGAAGUACCAUAGGUUUAAGAACAUGGGCUGGCAUUGGUCACAUCAGACCUAAGAAGGCAGAAGUUGGAUGAUUGAAAUAGGGCACUUAACUGAAUAGUUGACAGUGUCGUUCUGUGUCGGAUAAUUAUACCUGUUUUUCUUUCUGCUGUCUGUUGGUGCCUGAAUUGGUGACCUCAUUUGGGAAAGGUUUUGUAGGGCUCUUUCAGAAAUGUGUAUCUAUGUAACAUCACUUAAGUGUGCUUAAUAAAUCUUCUCUAAGAGUACUAGAUAAUAAGGCUGCAAGUCAGAAUCUUCUGAACCUUAUAUGUAAUUAAUGGAAAUUAAUUAAACUUUGGAAUAUUUGUCAUGAAACAUUUGCCAAAUCAACAGAAUACACUUUGUUUUGGCCUCCUAUCACGCAAGGGUUGGUAUAUUUAUAUAACUAACUGUAAACCUGAAAUAAGACAACAAAUCCUAGUAGCAGCUGAUGUGAUAAAUGUAUUUAUUUUUUAUUUGGUCAUUCAGUGGUUAAACUGUGCUGUUAAACUAAGUUUAAAUGUGGGGUUUUUUUUCAGUUUUUUUAAUGCUAGACGAACUUCCAGGAGGAGUUGUCCAUCCCACUAGAAUUUAGUGAUCUGAUUUCCAAUAGAGCUUAAUCUCCCAAAUGACUGCCAUGGUACAACUUGCUGUUUGCUUUCAAUGUUUGUUAGAGAUGUGCAAUUCCUAUUACACGACAGUAUCAAAGUACACUUCCCUUACGUUCACGUGCAAGGAGGUUGGGAUAUACGAAGCUGUCUUGGUUUCUUUAAUGCCUCCUUGGGAACCCUUUUGAAUAUGAGGUUAUAUUCACCUUGACGAGACAAUGUGGCUUAAAUAAACACUUACUGUGGUUUGCGUAUGAAGAAAUAUCUCUGGGUAUAGUAUUUAAAUGCUUUAAAGCAAGCACUAAAUACCUUGAGCAUCAGAUUAUAAUGGCAGAUACAAAUUGAUACAGGCUUCUAAAUGAAAAACAAAACACCAUCGGCAAAACAGAGCCCAGCUGGGGGAAUGAUGCUCUCAAGUAAACAACUACAACCCAAAUCCUGUCCACAAAAGCAGCCCAGUUUGGUUAUUGGCGUUUGCAUCAUCUGGUAGAUUCAGUUUUUAAUUUGCAUAUCCCUGAAGUUACAUCCUUUGGUCUGAAGUGAAUGGAAGUAUAAAUUAAUAUUUUAAUCAGCAUUUUGUGACAAAUUCCGUUAUAGAGAACUAAGAAUUCCAGUACUUACUGAACUAACAGUGUCUUUUAAAAAUCCCCUUCAAAAUUUCCAUGGGGUGAAAUACCGGUCUGACAUUUUAACAGGUGAAGUUGUGCUUUUUUACUCAUUUUGCUUAAUACAUGGCUUUUAAAACUGUCCCUUUUAGAAAUAGAGCGGUCCGUGGCCAGCAGUGUUGGCUGGGAGGUGUGCGGGAUGCGGUGUUGAUUUCCUACAGUCGCCCCCCAGGAGGACCCGUUGUGUGCAGGCGGAGCUGUUUGUUGCUGUGCGGAGCCGCCCCUGGGAGCGGCGGGGAAAUGGGCUUCUGAGGUGUGGGGUUUGGAGCCAGUGUAAGAUUCAGGCAGUCCUCUCAAAUCCAGUGGCUUAUGUCAUUUCCAGUGUGUGUUUCUGCAUUUAGGCAUGCAGAAAUAAAGUAUUUUUAUCUUCAUUAGCUGCUUGGACUGGAAAAAUUUGCUGCUCUGUGCUAUUCAGGAACUCCAGAGGCACAGCAGCGCAUCUUAAAAUUCCUCAGUGCGCUGCAAUGGUAAAGUAGUCAGCUCAGCUCCCCAUAGAGCCCAGAAACUUUAAGUAUGAAAACCACACUUGUGUACAUAAUUCAUAAACAUGACUGAGAAAUUAAAGGUACCUAUUAAGUGGAAAUCGUCUGCUGCAUUUUUUGCUGUAGCAUAGGGCUGUUUGCAGGAGGAAAUAACUAACGAACGUAAGCAGCAUUUAAUUGCUUGUGCGAAGCGCCCUGCCAAGUACUUCUGCAGUGCAAUUUGCAACCUUCUCCUUUAAUGAGCAGUGAAUAAUCUCAGGGAUGGUCCUGAACGGAUCAAAAGUGAAAGCCCUGUUUAGACAAAAAACAAAAAAAACAAAACCUGAACCCACAAGGCAGGAGGUGGGGCUGUGAGGCUCUUUGCAGUGUUGCUCCGUGGUAUUACACUGUGUUGAACUUUUUCACUGUUUGCAACGUUCUGUCAGCUGCCUGAUGCUGUGCCUUUCCUGUGAUACGCCGAGGCUAUUGCUAUGGAUUGCAAACUGUUGGGGGUUUGAGAGGUUCACUGCUGCUUUGUCACUUUCGUACUAAAAUUGGCAUUGCUUAAAAACUAGCCGUGUGUAAACCAUGCUCCACGCAGCCCUGACAGCCUGCUGCUUGGCUUCACAGACAGACAUUCCAGUGCCACACUCAUGUAAUGUGCCCAGGAAGUCUUAGAUGUAUUCUUGAAAGUGCAACAUUUAUUGUGGUUCAGACGUAAUCUGGAGGUGAUGUUUUAUCGCAUCUUGCACUUUAGAAGACUUAAGAAAACCGUCCUGCUUUUGUGUGUGGUGUGACCAAUGGUGCGCCCGGGCACCCAGUAAAGAGAAAGCUGGAGCUGUAGUGAGCUGUGCUGGGGGAGCUGUGGCUGCCGUCUCCCCGCGUCUCCUUCCGUCAGCACCCUGCUGCUCCCCCGUGCUCCUCCUGUCUUUACGUGAGCUGCCUGACACUAGCACUCUUAAAUAGCUUUUGGCUCGUGUGAAAGCUAUUUAAAAGAAAAAGAGACUGUUUGUUUUUUUUCUUUUCUGUAGACAGUGGUGGCUUGAUAAUCCUUUUAAUGAUUUGAAUAUAAAGAGAAAAUACUAAGUUGAGUGAAGGAGAAACGCACUUAGAAUGAGUUAUUUGCUGUCCAACUGUACAUUAAGUCCAGUGUAUUUAAAAAAAAGUCAAUAGAAUCUUCUAGCAGAGAAUACGUGCAUAAAAUGGUAGGGAUGAAGAUGUUAGGAGUGGGGAAGGUUGGGGUGGAUGUCCGAGUCACACCUGGGCUCAGCUGGCCUUUCUAUCUUUCCACUGUGUCACGUAAGUAGCUGCUUUUUGUCCCGCCUGGCGCUCGGGCUUCCCCAGCCUCACCCUGCAGAUCAGUUGGCGACAGCCCGGAGUUGUAGGAGCUGAUCCUGGCAUUGACCUGAAGGCAAACGCUGAAUUUUUUCCAUAAGAACGAUGUUAGAGGUUGCAAUUGGAGAAAACAGUUCCCAGGCUGUAGGAGUUAACUAAAGGUAUUGACACGAUUUAAAAAACCAACAAAAAAUAGUAAAGGAAUGUAUAUAAUACUGCUCUGUGUUUUACAGUAAGAUUUGUUGCUCUCAGACUGUGUAAAACAAAAUUUAUUCAUGUUUUCUGCAUAUUAAAAAAAUCUUAUUGUACCAAUUGGUAAACUAUUAAAUGCAUAUAAAACUA